UGGCAGCAAGCAGAGCGGGCAGAGCUCUCGCCUAAAAAUGCUUACGACCAAUGGCGUUGCCGUCAUUGGUUGUGCUUGUACCACGUGAACGGCCUAUGUUGGAGGUUCACAAAGUCGACUAAGUAUCCACGAUGGUACAGUCAGCUGCCUAAGGUCCGGUUGGCCAGUCGCAGCCAGUGAGCUUUCUCCACAAGGUAGACGCGCGUAACACCAAGACACCACCAUGGCGGACGAUGAGAGAAAGCGCAUCGAGGAUGAAAAGAAGAGGAAACAGGCGGAGACCGAGAGGAAAAGGGCGGAGGUCCGCGCCCGCCUCGAAGAGGCUUCCAAAGCCAAGAAGGCGAAGAAGGGUUUUAUGACCCCCGACAGGAAGAAGAAGCUUAGGUUGCUGUUGCGUAAGAAAGCCGCCGAGGAAUUGAAGAAGGAGCAAGAAAGAAAAGCGGCCGAAAGGAGGCGCAUAAUCGAGGAGCGCUGUGGAAAGCCGAAGAUCGUCGACGAAGCCAACGAAGCCGAGCUGCAGACGAUCUGUUCGGCAUAUUGGAACAGACUAUCCUUACUCGAGGGCGAUAAAUAUGACCUCGAGAGGCAAAUUAAGUUGAAAGAGCUGGAGAUCGCAGACUUGAACAGCCAGGUCAACGAUCUCCGAGGUAAAUUCAUGAAACCAACCCUGAAGAAAGUGUCUAAAUACGAGAACAAGUUUGCCAAGCUCCAAAAGAAAGCCGCCGAGUUCAAUUUCCGUAAUCAGUUGAAACAAGUCAAGAAGAAGGAAUUCACUUUAGAGGAGGAGGAUAAGGAGAAUGCGUCAAAAGAUAAGAAGAAACCCGACUGGUCGAAGAAGGGCGACGAAAAGAAGGAGGGCGAACAGGCUGAAGCACCUGUAGAACCACCACCACCGGAACCAACACCAACCCCAGAACCGGCGCCAAGUCCAACUCCUCCGGCUCCUGUACCUCCGCCAGCGGAACCCGCACCAGUUUCUGCGGUGGCACCUCCAGCCGAAGGUGGAGUUCCAGCAGCUCCUGUCCCAGCAGCUGAAGGUGUCCCGCCGGCGGACGGAACUGCACCAGCACCUGCUGAAGGCGCACCUGCAGUAGCCCCCGCGGAAGGGGCCGCACCACCUACAGAAGGAGCUGCACCGCCAGUGGAAGGGGCAGCGCCACCAGCAGAAGGGGCUGCACCACCAAUAGAAGGAGCUGCAUCUGCAGAAGGAACAGCCCCACCAGUAGAGGGCGCGCCUGCUGAAGGAGCACCUCCAACCGAAAGUUCUGCACCUACCGCUACUCCUGCAGAGGGUGCACCCGCAGAAGGAGCUCCUGUCGCAGUUCCAGCUGAAGGUGCGACACCAGCAGUACCAGCGGAAGGAGCUCCUCCAGCCGAAGGAGCUGUUCCUCCAGCAGAAUGUGCACCGGCCGCACCAGCUGAAGGAGCCGUACCUGCAGCUGCACCUGCAGAUGCGACACCCGCAGUUCCAACGGAAGCUGCACCCGCGCCGACCGAAACUAAUCUAGUUUUGAUAUUACGAGUUACAAUCCGCAUCAGAGGCAGUCCCGCGCUAAAGAGCGCGAAAUACAUCAUGAACGCACCCGCAUCGUAACUGGAAGAGUGGAGACGAGGGGUCAUCUUUGUCGCAUACUCUCCUCUCGUUGACGUCAAACUUUGCGGAACAUCUACAGCGGUAAAGAUACGGAUGUAUGCGGAACCAGCACCCUACCUGACAUCGCGGCUCGCGCUUUUCUUGUCGUCAUCAUCAUUAUCAUUACCAUUAUCGCCAGCAUCGUUACCAUCAUCUCCAUCGCCGCCGUCGCCGUCUCGUCGCCGUCGCCUCCAUCGCUCACGUCUUGCAUAUUCAUCACUCAUGCAUCACGAAAACUCGCACGUGCCGCACGAGGUUCAAAGAAAAAAAACGAACAAAAAAAAAGGAGAGAAAUGUAUGCACGAGAAAGGGUCGCGUGUCACGGGCACGAUAUGUCUUGUGGUCGAGAAACGCCGACUCGACGUGGGGCUCAUAUUUUCGCCUCAUAUUUUUUUU